AUGUCUAUGGGCGGGGCGGGUCAAGCGCUCCUCCUCGCUCUCAUCCUGAGGGACACGGCGGGUCAAGCGCUCCUCCUCGCUCUCAUCCUGAGGGACACGGCGGGUCAAGCGCUCCUCUUCCUCGCUCCCAUCAUCCUGAGGGACACGGCGGGUCAAGCGCUCCUCCUCGCUCUCCUCCUGAGGGACACGGCGGGUCAAGCGCUCCUCUUGCUCGCUCUCCUCCUGAGGGACACGGCGGGUCAAGCGCUCCUCUUGCUCGCUCUCAUCCUGAGGGACACGGCGGGUCAAGCGCUCCUCCUCGCUCUCAUCCUGAGGGACACGGCGGGUCAAGCGCUCCUCUUCCUCGCUCCCAUCAUCCUGAGGGACACGGCGGGUCAAGCGCUCCUCUUGCUCGCUCUCCUCCUGAGGGACACGGCGGGUCAAGCGCUCCUCUUCCUCGCUCCCAUCAUCCUGCGGGACACGGCGGGUCAAGCGCUCCUCCUCGUUUUCCUCCUGGGGGGAACGGCGGGUGAUACCACGAUGGUUUCCUUGAGAAGGAUCAAGACGGCCUUCCUGGACGCUUUCGACUUUGCCAAUCUCAGAUGUGCCAAGGCCCUGCUCCAAAAUGGCCAGUCAGUUAUCGUGAAGCAAGUAUUACAUCUUGGAGAAGCGUACAGUGAUUGGCCUCGCCAACGCCAUGGAGGCGAGCACGACCAUAGUGGUGACAGACAGUUUCAUAGUGGGCAAAUAUCUUGGGUGGAGCUUUGA